UAGAUGUUUCUCCCGACAUCGGACAGCGAGUAAAAUGCUGUAAAUCGUGCGUCGUCGUCGUCGUCGUCACGCCGGAGCGGAAGGAGCGUGUCAGUGGAAACUAUCUCUCGUCUGUCUUCAGUCGCGAUACAUCCAUCAUCGAGCUGACAAGUUUUUGUCAGCGUCGUGAAAUUCGAUUUUUAAGUGUAAAUCUUUGCAAGACGCAUGGCAAUGAUGACACAAUGGCAAGCUGUAUCGAUUUCAACAAGAUUGUUGGAAAAUCUUAUUUUUUUAGAACAAAAGACUGGCAAUUCUCAACUAUUUGAAGACUGUGAAUACAUGUUUGGAGGUGAUUUAGACUGUAUUGGGAGAAAAACUUUUACGCAAACCAAAAUGAAGUGGACAACUGGUGCUCCUUUUAAUGAACAAGUUAGCGAACUUACUCAUGUAUUCACUCAAUGGAAUGAAUGCGAACAAACUGUUGUUCUUUAUUCACUUUUGCGUCGUCUACCUGCAGUUCAGGCAAGGUUUCUCGCACAAGCGAUACAACACUCCCUGCACUCUGUGUCUGAAUUGGAUAUAAAGGAAAUAAAUGCCAAUAAUCCAACUUAUAUCACGUCAUUAAUGUCAGAAUCAACAGAAAUUGCAGUUAAUCAAGUCUUGACACAUAUACCUUUACUAAGGCCUGAGAAUAUAGAGUGCAAACAAAGCUACCUGCAGGCAAUACCAGAAUUAGUGAAUCAUUGUGUGAGCACAGGACAAUUUACAGAACAAACACAGCAGCUUUUGAGCUAUACUCUAAUACACCCAGCUAUGACUAUUCAAGAUAGACGUUCUUUAGCUCAAUGGCUCAGACAUUUGGAAGAGCGUAUCAGUGGUACACCGCCUAUUACCGGUCUCGAAGAUUACCCAAAUACUCCAAGCAGAUGGGAGAGUCCAUGGCAAAGAAAUUCUAAGCAGCAAAGUGAUCAGGCUAAUCUAUUUAAUACGCAACCGGCUCCUACGUUUCUACAAUUUCAACCUCGUCAACGUCGUUCGAAUAGCUUGACGCCACCGGUGCCAGCGCCGCAUCAACUCGAAGUCUUCGAGCGUACUAAUAACACAAAUAAUUCAUCCAGACAUAAGCCGCGUAGCUUUAGUGUUUCCGGAGAUCAUGCCAGCAAUAUUAUCGGUUUGGGUCCACUGAGCCCACAGAGUUCCUGUGCGAGUAGCGGUAGCGAGGGUCGUUUGGAUGACGCUUCCAAUCGUUCGCUCGCGAGCGGUAUGAGAGAUGUACAAUCAUGGCUUAAAACAUUACGCCUCCAUAAAUACAGUUACUUAUUUGUUACCAUGAGUUAUGAGGACAUGCUGCAAUUGACAGAGGAUCAAUUGGCAGAACAAGGAGUUACAAAGGGUGCUAGGCACAAACUGGCUCUCUCUAUCGCUAAACUGCAGCAACGAUAUAAUACGCUCUUGAAUCUGGAAAAAGGUUUGGUGCAACCUAGCGCCCGCGAUGGUAUGCAAAACACUUCGUUCUCGCAAGGUCCAUCUUUACUCAUUAAUACGAUGGACGAGCUGAAAACUAUCUUGGCGACUCCUAUGAAACCGAGUCAAGAGAACGAUCCGCAAGAUAUCCCUGCGCAGUUUACAAAAGUGCUUGGAAAAUUGUGCAGUAGAUUGGCUCUGGACAGCGUAGAAGACGGUAUUUUGUGCGCGUGCAUCAACAUUUUGGAAAAGAUAUUGCAGCACGACUGUUUUACUCCGAAUCAGAAGGAGAAAGUGCAACAAUGGCGCAGUAGACUCGGCAAUCCACGACCAACUCCAAAAUGGCAACACAAUUACGGUUACAAUAACAGAAGGUAUGGCAAUUCGCAACAGCACAAUAGGAAGCCGAGUUUAAAUUUGAACCACAUUCACACUACCCAUCUACACAACAACCAUUUUAUGAUUACUCCGCAUAGAAACAGUAUAUCUUCGCCGUAUUUGCAAAAUAAUCAGAAUCAGAAUAUGAAUACUUUGAAUACGAACAACUUGCGUACGAUACAUACAAUUGAGAAAAGACCGAGCCUACAAGAGACCAGCAGUUUGCAGCAAUUACAAAAAACGUUGCAACGUGCAUAUAGCGCGCCGCAGCGGGACCGUUUUUUGGGGCACCCUACCAAUGGAGCGAAUGAAACGACGGAGCCGGAAAUCAAUUCUCGCUUGGAAUCUCUUUGCUUGAGGAUGACCGAGCAAGCGAUCGGCGGAUUCGGCGAGGCCUAAACUUCUAUAUUCGCGUUCUGGGAUUUAAUGUAAGUCACGUCUGAACUUUUUUCAGAUUUUCGAUUCUGAAAAUUUAUUUGAAGAAAAAUUCUGUUUGCCAAAAUACACGAGUGAGCGAGACGACGUGCUAUUCAUAAGUCAUCGUUUUAAAGUGAUAUUCAAUGGAAUGAUAUACUUUUGUUGUAUGCAAACACCUGCGUGUAUACACACUUACGCUUUAAUAGCCCUAACCAAAUCGAAAAAAAUGUCCGACACGUGCGACAUUAUUGUGAAAGAGAGAGAGAUAAAGAUAGGUCAUUCUUCGAAAAGCGAAUGACUUUUACACAUACACAACACACACACACGCAUACAUGUGUAAAUCAUAUUUUUUAUUAUAUCUGAUGCAAUUGUACUAUUUAAUUGACAGAAUUUGGCAAGCCAAAUGCUAUUAGAAAGAUAGAGUCUUUCCUCGACUAUUACUGCAUCCAUAUAUAUAAAUAUAUAAGAAAAAGUAUAUAUAUAUAUACAUAUGAUAAUACAUCAAAUAAUACUGCAGAACAUUGCAUAGUAAUGUAAUUUUUUCACUUUCUUCUUUCUUUCUCGUGUUUUAUGAUUUAAAAUAUGAGAAAGAGAGAAAAGAGUGAAAAAAUGACAUUACAUCUUCAUGCGAUGUAAUGCAAUAUUAUUUUUCAUGUUAUCCAUUUUGGGGAAUGGAAUUUGUCUGAUCUUAAGUAUCAGAAGGUAUAGUAACAUAAUGUAAUUCAUU